AUGAUUAUCGGAACAAUUGAAGGUCAAUGGGUUAAAGAAAUUAUUGACUUUGUUAACUACGGGAAAGGGAAAGGAGUAAAUGAAGUGGGAGAGUUAAAGACUCGACAAUCUUUUUACAUGCCCUCAAAGGCUCAACAAUCGAAAGACACGUUUCAGGUCAGCCUUUACAAGGUGGUCUUUGACUUUCUUGUAAAUCAAGAAGCACCGUUCCCAGUGGAUUACUUCUUCUCCCACUUCUCCUUAGACCGUGGUCAACUCCUACCUCAAAAAAUCAUAGAUGAACUUGAAGGCCUUGGACACGAAGCAGAGACCAUUGAAGAUUUGGUGCUUAUGUAUAAAACGAUGUUCAGCCCCAUGGAUAAAAUCUCCUUUAAACUGAUAAUAGAGUAA